AUAAAUUACAACCCUUGUAAAGGUUUAACUUGAACACUCUUUUCCACUUCCACCCUUCAAAAACAUUCAUUACUGUUGCUAUGAUACUUCCUGUUCCAAACAUAAACUUUGUCAGUAUUUCUCAGAUAUUUUUUCCUAUUAACUUCCAAGCUGAAGAAACAUAUCAAAAUGUCCUUUAAAGACGUCAGAGAUUUAUCGGAACAUCUUAAACUCUUGGGAUUCCCUAAAGUAUUUCCUUUACAAGCUUUGUGCAGCAACUACGGAAGUUUAGCAAGUUUUCAAGUUGUUGCUGAGAUACUUCAAUGGUUGGCAGGACUUCUAGAACCAGGAACAAUACUUUCUGGAAGUCCAGAUACUGAAGCAGAACGAGUUCUUCUAAUUCGUUCAGCAACUGAAUUUUUUGUCACUAAAUCAGCAAUUAAGUUGAAUCCAAGAAAAUUAUAUGCGUCCUCAGCAGCUACUGCUGGAGAGCUUCAGAAAAUUACCAAACUUUUGAUAGCACCGUCUCAUCAAAAUGAAGACAAAGAUGAAGACGAAAAUUAUAGAAGUCUCAAUCAAGUGGAUAUUGGUGAUAAAAUAGAUGAUUUGCGAAGGGCAAGAGAACUGUCAUCGGAUUUGACUAAUCGUGGAGCAGCUUUGUAUGAUUUAUUGUCGAAAGAAGUUGUUAACAAAGAGUCAAGAAUUAUGCAAGCCAAUCGGCCAAUGGAAAUUUCUAGUGUCGAGAGAUCAUUGAAAAAUGCAAUAUCAGCAGCACAGCUAAAGCUACAAUCUAGUCGGGUUCAGUUGGAAAGCUCGAAGGUUGAAUUCAAUGCUCUCAGUACAAAAUUGCAAAGAAAAAAAGCUGAACUUGAAAGAACCAAACAGCGACUUGAAGCUCUGGAAAAAAUCCGUCCAGCUCACUUGCAAGAAUUCGAGCAGUACGAAACUGAGUUAAAGGAAUUAUUUCAACAAUAUUUCCUCCGAAUUCAUUGCCGAGAUGCAUUGAAAGCACAGAUAAUAGCUCGAAGUAAGAAAACAGCUGGAAGACCAAUUUCUUCACCAAUUCAAAAACCAGCAGAAAGUUCUAUGCAUUUCUUGCCAGAAGGACUAAUGGAGGAUGACGAUGAUGAUGAUUUUGAAGGAAACUUUGAUGAUAAUAUGCCAUUCAUUAGAGAUGAAGAUUUGAUGAUGAAUGUUAGAAAUGAAGCAGAGGUUAAAAUUGGUAUUGGUGGAACUGGAUUGGAUGGGAAUGGAAGAGAAUUGGGCAAUUCGACAACUAUGGUUCGUCCAACUACAGGAAGGAAUAAGCCUAGAACAGGAACGGCUGUAGGGCGUCACAAAGUUGUUGGCAGCAUGUUGGGUGGUGAUGAUGAUAACUUAGAUAGCAGUCUUGGAAGCUCGGAUAGUGAUGUCGAUAUUGGUGGCGAAGAUUAUGAGCUGAACACAGAUGACGAAAUCAGUUUGUCAAAGCUUGCCAGUGAAUUACCGAUGCGUCCCAAAACAGCCAACAAGCAGGAGCAUCAUAGUGAUGAAGACUUUUAAACUAUCUACUCACCUCUAGCCUCCCAUCAUCAUCAUCGGUCAAUUUUGAAAAUUAUAUGCAACUCAAUUUUGUUGUAAUUAAAUUUUAUUGUAUGCACAUUGCACAAUUUAUAUAUUAAUUUUGAAAUAUUGUUCAAUAUAUUACACAAAUGAACAGAUCUAUAAA